CCGCUCCGAGGAGUCGGCCGCGCCCCCGACUGCUGCGUCACGUGUCAGCCGAAAAUGGCUGUGCCCGGGCAAGUCGAGCGGAGGCUGCAGUGACCCCAGCGUGGCUCGGAAAGAACGGAGGCGGCCCCGGCCGCUGUGAAGAGCUCGUAAGGCUCAAGAUGGAAAAUCAUGAACCAGAUGCUGUCAAAGAAAACUUAAUUUUCAAUAUCAUAGCCAGAAAAAUUAACCAACUUCCAGAAGCAGACAGAAAUCUACUUGAACACGGAUCAACAUAUAUUGGACUUAAUGCUGCUCUCUGUGGCCUAAUAGCAAAUAGUCUUUUUCGACGAACCUUGAAUGUGACACAGGCUCGUAUAGCUGCUGGCUUACCAAUGGCAGUGAUCCCAUUUUUGACAGCGCAUGUGUCAUACAAAGGUUUUGUGAGUUUACCUUUGAGUACAGGUGAUUUGAAUUGUGAAACCUGUACCAUAACACGGGGUGGAUUGGUUGGUCUUGUUUUUGGUGGUCUGUACCCCAUUUUCUUGGCUUUACCUGUGAAUGGUGGCCUAGCAGCCAGGUAUAACUCAGCCCUGCUACCAGAGAAAGGAAACAUCUUAACUUACUGGAUCAGAAUUUCUAAGCCUAUCUUUAGAAGGAUGGUAUUUCCUGUUUUGCUUCAGACUGUGUUUGCAGCAUACCUUGGGUCUAGACAAUAUAAAGUACUUAUAAAAGCCCUUCAGUUACCUGAACCUGGACUAGAAAUUCAGUGAUUAAGCAAAUGUAUACACAAAAAUAAAACCGUAAAACUA